AUGUAAGCCGGUAAAGAAUCAAGCUUAAUGAUGCUCUCUCUCUGUAUGGCUAUCAGCUAGGUGUGGCGAGUGACGCUAUCAAGCCCAGGGCGGCACGGAAAUUCUUUUCGCCGCAGCAAGAAACUUGGCAGACUAGCAGCAUCAAUUGGCAUACCACACGCAUCUCCAUUGAUUCUGAAUUCACCCAGAAUUUUGAAUCUUUGCGGCGUCAAUCAGAACAUACAUUACAUCACCUGACAAUGCCCCCACGAAUCAACAUCCUCGCAACGAGGACUCUCCUCCGCCAGCAACACCGUCCAAGCCAACAGACGCAAUCGGCGGCCACUUGGUGGAGGAACACACGCACAGAAUCAGCAACAAACAUUCACCUAGCUGCUCGUCCACAGCGACAGCUAUUCUCGUCGAAAUCUGACCCGCAGAAACAAACUCCAGAGCAAGUCAACGACCAACCCAAGGGCCCAACCCAGGACUCAUUACCAGAUGUCAGCCAUGAAGCUGCAGCGAUGGACAGGAUUCUGAGUGGGAAGAAAUGCGAUGGAAAUGCACCGGGGUCGCCGGAGCUCGAGCAGGGGACUCCAAUUGAUGAGAUUCUGCGCAGAGACAAAGAUGCGCUGAAAUACGCCCCGAAGGUUCUACGGGACCAGGCUAAGAAGGCUUCGGGUUCUCGCUCGUACUCGACUUCCGCAAGACUGGGGCAAGAAGUUCAGAAUUCUGCAGACAGUAUCGAAGACCCGUCUGUGCUGGCUGUUGCGGAUAUGAUUACAUUGGCUACGGAAGACGCAAUUGACCGGAAUCCAGGAAUGAAAUUCGAUACACCUGCGCCGCUGUCCAAAUCAGAUCAUUUUAAACGCCGAUACGACCCGGUGGUCGAGCAGUUUACCAAGCUGCUUAUGGAAGAUGGUAAGCUCAGUCUUGCUCAGAAGAAUAUGGAAGUUAUCUUGAAUCAUCUUCGCACUUCGCCCCCUCCGAAGAUUGACCCUCGACGACGUCUCUUAACAACUCUACCAGCACCGCAGCUCCCCUUGAAUCCUAUCCUAUACCUCAACCUCUUGGUUGACUCGGUCUCCCCCUUGAUCAAGAUCCGUCAGCAGAAGGGUCUUGCAGGCGGUGGUGCGUCCGUGCCUAUGCCUGUCCCGUUGUCGAUGCGCCAGAGACGCCGGACGGCUAUUAAGUGGAUCUUGGAUUCUGCAGACAAGAGAAAGGACACUGACUGGGCUAUGCGCGUAGCCAACGAGCUAAUGGCAGUUGCUGAGGGCCGAAGCGGGGUGUGGGAGAAGCGAGAGCAGGUUCACAAGGUCGGUAUUUCUGGCCGGACCAACUUGCAAUUGAAGCCUCCUGGUACUGCAAAAAAUAACACACCCCCCGCUCGUAUCCUCAGCUCCGUCGUGGCGCCUCCGACGACAGACUCGGCUCGUCAGAACAUCGAACUCGUAACACUCGAUCCCAGCCCCUCUUCUGCCUCAGUACCCGGCGAAGUCGACACCCCCUGUGUCUCGAGCGACGACGGUGUAACCCACGGACGGACCGGUGCCGCACUGGUCACACGGGACCAUCCAGGCAGCGGCCGCACCGAGUUCGACGUCAAGAAUCGGACAGCUGAAAAGGAAAAAUCGAGUCCAGCGCAGAAUUACAUCUCACAACACAUCCUCUGGGCGAAAGCUCUCGAAAAACUCGGCCACGAGAAUACCCCCGUAUACGAUCCUGCCAACAUGAAGUUCUCGCACAGCAUCCAGUUCAACGCCGUGCCGGACUGGAGUGCUUACUACAUUGCAUAUGAUAAUCUCAAGAAAUUAAUAUAUAGUUUAGAAAGGCAAACCCAUCACCCUGACAGCAAUGGCGUCGCCGAUGCCGAGUCUGCGCCUUUGCUUGACUCGACAGUGGACACGGAUACGAUCUUUCGACGCGCGCUCGGCGCCGAGUUGGAGAAAAUCUCGUCGUUUUACCAGGUCAAAGAGCUAUCGAUUUUCGGCGAGGUUGAGGAGGUGGCAGAGGAGCAUGCGCAGUACAAGGACAAUACAGAUGGAGUAAAUAUGGACCCGGUCAGCGAGACGGUGAUCAAAUCGCGGACGUUGAGCAUAGGGUCGCGGCCGCGCACUGGGAGUAUAUUCCAGUCACUGGGCCUGAGACAGAAUCGGCGCGAGAGCACAAUCAGUGGUUCUGCUGGUGAAGGGGGAUAUGAGGAUGACGAUGACGAUGAGGGGGAUAGUGAUGAGGAUUCGCAUGUAGGCGAGCCGCGUCGGAGAUCGCAGACGCAUGUGGGACGGUAUCGAGAUGCUGGCGAUAGGUCUGAUGGGAUCCCGAGCGAGAUGGGCGAUUCCCGGCUCUGGCAUCAUGGUGGUAGUCGACACGACGAAGAUCACACAGAUCAGCAUUUCCAGGAUCUUUUCAAUGCCGGUGUGGCGUUGAAAAAGAGGACGAUCAGCUUGUAUGUUUCGCUGUGCGAGCUGAAGUCUUAUAUUCAAUUGAAUAAGACUGGUUUCUCCAAGGCUUUGAAAAAGUAUGAUAAGAUUCUGGAUCGGAAUCUGCGAAGACCGUAUAUUAAUGGGACGGUGUCGCCUGCCUAUCCUUUCACGGAUUCCACAUCAAACCAUGUGGAUGAGAACAUCCGCCGUGUUGAGCAGAUGUAUGCGGAUGUUGUAACGAAAGGAGACCUGUCGCUUGCGAGGCGAGAGCUGCGACUUCAUGUGCGAGAGCAUGUAGUGUGGGAGAGGAAUACCGUGUGGAGAGAAAUGAUUGGAAUUGAGCGCAAGACGCAGGCAGCGAAUAUGGGCAUUCGCCGGACUUUACUCGGCGGAGACCACGAUCCCUCUGCGGCACAACGGCAGGGAGAUGCUGAGACUAUGAAAAAGGAAAUCAAUACGCCUCUAGGUCGUUUCUAUCUUCCCGAGUGGCUCGUCAGCUUGUCGUUUUCGUCGCUGUUGACGAUUAUCGUGGUUUUUGCGGCUCUGCUCUCACUCCCCAUCAUGGAGAAACCCGAACAGCAAAACUGUUUGGCUAUGGUGAUAUUUGUCAGUCUACUAUGGGCAACUGAAGCUAUUCCGCUGUUUGUUACGUCGCUUUUGGUGCCUUUCCUGGCUGUCAUACUGCAAGUCAUGCGAUCAGAAGAAAAACCACACAAGCGAUUGGAUCCGGAGGCGGCUACCAAAGUUGUAUUUGCAUCGAUGUGGACUCCAGUCAUUAUGCUGUUGCUGGGAGGCUUCACCAUUGCGGCUGCGUUGUCGAAAUACGAUGUCGCUCGUCGAAUGGCUACUUUUGUUCUGAGUAAGGCUGGUACCAGUCCCCGAGUUGUGCUCAUCACGAACAUGUUUGUCAGUAUGUUCCUGAGCAUGUGGAUCAGCAAUGUGGCAGCUCCAGUGCUAUGCUAUUCGAUCAUCCAGCCACUCUUGCGUAACCUGCCGCCAGAGUCGAACUUCUCAAAGGCUUUGAUUUUGGGUAUUGCAUUGGCUGCGAAUGUCGGCGGUGCAGCAUCGCCAAUCGCAUCGCCUCAGAAUAUCAUUGCACUGGAGAACAUGUACCCUGCGCUGAGCUGGGGAACAUGGUUCUUCAUUUCCAUCCCCGUCUGCAUUCUCUCCAUCGUCUUGAUAUGGUUAUUACUGCUCGCCACGUUCAAACCCAGCCGCGGCACAACCAUUGUCCCCAUCCGCCCUGUCAAGGAUCGCUUCUCAGGUGUACAAUGGUUCGUCACCAUCACCACGUUCGUGACCAUCAUCCUCUGGUGCUUCAGCCACCAGCUCGACACGGUAUUCGGCGACAUGGGGGUUAUCGCCAUCAUCCCCAUGGUGUUAUUCUUCGGCAGCGGCAUUCUCACCAAAGAAGACUUCAACAACUUUCUCUGGACCAUCAUCAUCCUCGCCGCCGGUGGCCUGAGUCUAGGCAAGGCAGUGACUUCAUCUGGCCUCCUGCACACUAUUGCCAACGCAAUCACCGAGCGCGUGGCCGACUUCAGCCUCUACGGCGUUCUUCUCGUCUUCGCCGCGCUGAUCCUCGUCAUGGCGACGUUCAUUUCCCACACCGUCGCCGCCCUGAUCGUGCUCCCGCUUGUGCAGCAGGUCGGCGUCGGCAUGGAAAAUCCGCAUCCGAACCUGCUCGUCAUGGCCAGUGCGUUGAUGUGCUCUGUUGCCAUGGGCCUGCCGACCAGCGGCUUCCCUAAUAUGACUGCCAUUAUGAUGGAGAUCCCUGGUACGGGCCAGCGCUAUCUCCGUGUCAGCCACUUCCUCACCCGCGGCAUUCCGGCGAGUUUGAUUUCGUUUGUGAUAAUUGUGACGAUUGGGUAUGCGUUGAUGAGCAUUGCGGGGCUUUAGGUCUAUAUUUCUGCAUCAUUUUAUGUACAUGUAUGCCUGGAUAUAAUAGGUGUAGAUUUCAUAUAGGCAUUUUAUAACUCAAUUUAUAUUCACUCUUAAGUGAUGUAAGAGUGAUGGUUGCAUACUGUCAGUCAUGUAUUUAAUUAAAUGCAUGGACAUCAAUUACUGAAUUAUAGCAAUAUAAUAAUAUCAUUCC